UUAUGCAAAAACUACUUUACGUGCAGACAGUGUGCUAAAUCUAGUUAGUAAAUAACCCGCAUCUGCAUGCGAGAUUUUGUGUAAAGAACCUGUGCUUGCACGUGAAGCACCAUGGGCAGCUACAGUGACUCCACCAGUGAACUCGAUGAGGAGUUGCCUGUGUUUGACUUCCUCCAGCCGGGUCGAGGCAGAGCCUCCCGGAGCCACGCUGGGAAACCGGACUCGGAGUGCUCCGAUGCAAAAGCCACGUCGAAGGGCAACGCGGGCGCUUGCGCGGGGGCUGAUGUGCUGAUGAUCAGCAGCGAUUCUGAUGACUGCGCUCCUUAUGUCCCUUUGGCACAGAGAUUCAAGCAGAGGCAAGGCAAUGCGAUUAGCGCCUCCUCCGCCGCCGGUAAUGGGGAAGAUGCUGAGCGCUGCUCGCCAUCCGAUCCGGCCAGCACCCGGCUCCUCCCCCAGAACGGGUCUGCAGAGUCAGAGCUGCCGCUCGGCCUCCAUCAGGUGAGAACAGUGAGCCGCGGGGUCUCAUCUGGUGACACCUCUCCUGCCAGGAGGAAACCCGCCAAGCGGACAGAGGAGGAGAUCCAGGCCUCUCGGGAGGAGGCUCUGCGGAGGAGGCAGGCCAGGGAGGGACAGCAGAAGGGCAAGGAGGCGCUAAGGGAGGAAAAAGAGAGACAGAAAGCAGAGAGGAAAGAUCUGGCGGAGGCCGCUAAGGCCUUGAGGCCCGAGGAGUGCAUCAAGCACAUGGUGGUGGCCGUGGACCCAGCUCUCUUACAGCUGGAAGGAGGCGGCACUCUGCUGGCGUCGGUGCAGGCUCUGGGCUGCAGCUGCGCCAUAGAGAAACAACCCGUCCCACGCAGCGUCAGCUGGAUGAGGAGGGCUCCCUGUGCCCAGCCAGACGACGACGGCGGCGGUGUGUGUGUGCCGGAGGCCCACGUCGUGAUGCAGAUGACAGUUGACGACUUUGUCACCCUGAUCCACGGCUACGUUCAGGAAGAGGGGCGUGGCCAGUGUGGCUCUGGUCCCACUCUGACGUCCUGGGUGCAGGAGCAGCAGAGGCGUCACCCCGGUAAGGUCCUCAGCCUGGCGGUCAUCGACCUGGAGAAAUACUUCAGAUCCCAGAAGUCGCAGAGCCAGAAGUGUUUUCGAGAGGCAGUGGCUGGCGAGGAGCGAGGGGGAGGGAAAGGGAGGAAGAGGAAGAAGAACGGCGGAGAUGAGGCGCGUGUCGAGGUGUCGCGAGUCGAGGUGGAGGAGGCAGUGGUGCAUCUCCAGCUUCACACCGGCGUCUGCGUCCGCUUCUUGUCAACCUGGAAGGACUUCUCGGAUCACAUCACCAUGACGACCAGAGCGGUGGCGGAAGCCCCCUUCAAGCAAGAGAGGGAGAAGACGGGCUUCUCGUUCUACCUGGAGAGCGAGUGGGCGGGGGGGCAGCGGGUGGACAAAGCCGGGAAGGGACUCCUGCAGGUGUGGAAGAGACAGAUCCAGCAGUUCAACAGAGUCAGUCCGGACAUGGCCUCGGCCAUCCUGGCAGCGUAUCCCUCCCCACAGCUGCUCAAGAAGGCUUACAAUCUUUGCAAGACCGACCGCGAGAGGAUCUCCCUGCUGUCUGACCUCGUGAUCCGCCGAGGAGAAGGCGUCACCUCCACGACUCGACGCGUCGGUCCGGAGCUUUCCAAACGCCUCUUCCUCAUGAUGAACUCCUGCGAUCCUCAGCAGACUCUGGACUCCGUCUGACCUUUUGAACUAACAUUUUUCUCAUCUUUGGACUGUGCCAGUUUCUGUUAGAGCAUUGGAUUUUUAAACUGUGA